AUGCCAACCCAUGUAGACGUACGUAAGCAUGCCUCAUCAUCUAGGAUACGAUCAUUAAGUGCAUACAAUGAUGAACUUAGUUCACACCCAAUACAAGGCCAUUCCAUACAAGUGAGUCGACAGUGUCGACGUCGAUCACACAAAUGCUCCCGACAAAGGAUAAUCAUACUAGUCGGCACAGUUCUUGUUUUGAGUGUAGUCAUUGCUGUUAUUCUCGGUAUUCUAUUAAGCAAACAUGAAACAAAAUAUCCAAAUGCUAUUCUCCGUUGGAAUCCAGAGGCUAGCACCAUAGCUGGAAUUACAGGCCAAUACGGAAAUGCUUCAGAUUUACUUUUUGCACCUUUUGGUUUGGCACUUGAUUUUUCAAAUACACUCUAUAUAGCUGAUGGAUUCAAUAAUCGAGUGCAAGCAUACUCAAGGGGUGACUCGUUCGGUAUUACAGUUGCUGGCCAAGAAAAUGGAACGUCAAAUUCAACACCCGAUUAUUUAAGUUUCCCCAGUGAUGUUGCUAUUGAUUCAGAUGGGAGUGUGUAUGUUACCGAUACAUUUAAUUAUCGUGUCUCUUUAUGGACUAGUGGAUCAUCUUCAGGAGUAAUCAUUGCUGGCACUGGUAUUUCUGGAAGCACAAAUGAUACUUUAGAUAUAGUUUAUGGAAUUGCACGUGAUCCUAAUUCAGGCACACUCUAUCUAUCAGACACAGGCAAUCAUCGUGUGAUGCGUUAUCUUUCAGGUGCGUCGUCAGGAACUGUCGUUGCGGGUGGGAAUGGCGCAGGAUUGAGUGUCACACAAUUAUCAAAUCCUAUUGGUCUAUAUUUUGAUUCGUUCACAAAUAGUCUCAUAAUUGCUAAUUACGGUGCUAAUAAUAUUGUUCGUUGGGUAAUAGGCUCUCAAAAUUGGACACUUGUUGCUGGUAAUAUGCAAGGAUUAAGUGGCACUAACUCCAGUGAACUCAAUCAACCGACAGAUGUUACAUUGGAUCCGAUGGGUAAUAUUUAUGUUGUUGAUAUGGGUAAUAAUCGUAUACAGUUUUAUUCCAAUGAUCAAUCGAGUGGUACAACAAUAGCCGGUGUUACUAGUUCAAAUGGUAACAAUUCGCUUUUACUCAAUAAUGCCUAUUCACUUGCACUUGAUAAUCAACUUAAUUUAUAUGUCGCAGAUACAUAUAAUCAUAGAAUACAAAAGUUUAUUCGAUUUUAA